AUGCAUAGCCCUCAUCUCCCCACGGAGGUUCUCAUUUGCAUCGCUGAAUGGCUGUCGUGUGACCCUCCCUAUGACCCUACACUCAAUCCCUUCGGAUGGUACUCAGUUGGUAUCUCUUACCUGUACAGCUUUCCCCAGCUGUGGGAAGGGAACCGAUUUGUACAAUUCACCAAUACCGUGAGCCCACCGCUUGGCCUUCCAAAAAGCAAAGUGGACCUGGGAACAAUGGUGAAGGUCCUUCAUUUGGGAGGUCUCGUCCAUCAAAGUUCAAACAGCCAGACUGCGCGGCUACUGGGUCGGCUCAAGAAAGGCUUGACCAAAUUUGUUGCUCCGCAAACUGGUCUUGCGCAAGUCGUCAAUGGGCUUGCGGCAAUUUCAAAAUGCCGAGAACUCAGGCACCUCGAUUUGAGACUCGUCCGCGGUCGCUCAAUCGACUUUCCACGCAUCAAAAAGGCUGUUAGCAAUCUUCAACAGCUUCGGAGUCUCUUUCUGCCUGCUACUAUGGAAAUGACCCCGACCGAUUCCUCUGCUGGAGAGUGGCCACCGAGGCUCUCGUACAUGACUGUUGGAGGAUAUUUUAAUCCUGAGCUCAUGCCAACAUUCAACUGGCCACCUAACAUUAGCAAAUUACAACUCAGAUACUGUACCGAGUUGGAUACACCAGUCCUCAAGAACAUCUUCUCCAAUGAGCAACUUCGCACCAGCCUUAAGGGCCUCAUCUUGAACAACACCAACUGGGAAAUGUUCUCCGAGGAAGAAUCAGACGUGCUGUACUCCUUGCCGAACUUGGAUUAUUUGAAAAUGCCCCUGGAUUUUAUGAAGUAUCUUAUGAUACUUCCUGUUCGUCACGAAAGGCAACCGCUCCCCCUCCGGACGCUGGAGCUGACGCAGCGAUACUUUCGAGAUGAUUUGAAUUUCAACUUUUCAGAGGAGCUUCUCAAGGCGCUGAGCAACAAUCUUCGCAACCUCUGGGCUCUGGGUAUUGGUGAAAGUUCCCUCGAUGACAUCAAAGAUUCUUACAAAAGGAUCGAUGAUGAGAUCUGGAAACAUGUGGAGACGAGCUCUGAUGACGAGUUUGACAAGCUCGGUAUCGAGGAUGUGGGCAUCUACACGAUCGAUGAUGACACUGGUUGCGGAGACCGAACGUUGGUUGCUCCAGUGAAUGAUUUCAAUAUUUAG